UAUCAAUUGCGAGCUGUGCUCUCGGCUGCUAAAGUUGUGGUACGCCAUAUUGUGUGGACGGUGGAUGUUUAUGUUCGGAAGUGAUGCCGUGCAUUGGUGACGCGAUUAUUAUAAAUGACCCUGUGCAUGUAAAUUAUAAUUUUCUAACCAGUGCAGUUCGCGGGUGGAAUAUCUGAAUUUUUGAAGUGGCGUGCUAAUCCUAUUUUUUUUUUUAAAUUUAAUUUUGUGUUACCAUUCGGGACGGACCGGACUACCGAGGAUUUUAAUUUAAAAGACGCUUUCCACAAUCAAUUUGACAAUGCCAGUUCGUAAACAAGGUGCUCACCGCGCACUCGAGCUGCUGGAGGACUACCACGAGAAGCUGACCAAGCCGCAGGACAAGCAGCUGCGACUGGCCAUCGAGCGCGUCAUCCGCAUCUUCAAGUCGCGGCUCUUCCAGGCGCUGCUAGGUGAGUCCCUGUCUUCUUUUUCCGCUGUUGGCCGGAUCUCAUCCGUGAAAAUAACUCGAGGUAAGCAAGGCGACAGGCCAUUUUUCUGUCACUCUCUCUUUCGUAUUUUGAUAAUAUUGGUGAAUUAGUAAACACAGCUGUGGCGGGGAAAACGAAUAGAUCGUAACGGAUGUGUGAUGUGCUGGUUUAUGGGAAGAUUAAAAUACUAUCUCAGGAUACGGAGGUAUCAUGUAGAAGGGUAAGAUUUCACCGACGUUUCGGUCGACCUUGCAGUCGCUAUCUUCAGGGAGCCAAAGAGCCAAGAAACACCAGACAAUGGCCGCGAAUACCUGCGAUCCUUAUUACGGAUGUAUCAACAAAAUUCAUAAUUAAAUCGCGCUGCCACAAGCGAAUUUAGACUAUCAACUCUGUUUGGCCUUUCUUUGUUUUCAUUUUUUUUUAAAAAAUCAUAAAUGUUAGACGAAAAUAGUACUUAUUGCAUUUAAAUGAGAUCACGUAGAGUAUGUUUCUUUGGGAACAUAUUGGUUCGAACGAUAUUCUUCUCUGCCCGCUCCCAUUAUUAUUUCUUUCAUCUUCUUUUUUUUUUUCGCUCUCUGCGGUGGGAAUGCUAAAAAUGUUACCCGCUACCCCCGAGCGCAGUUUUAUUUGCGGGAGCGCAAUUUUCGCCCCCCUUCCGCUCCCGAUAUAACGGAAACGCGUUGUAUCGCUCCCCGGAGAAUCAUUUCCAGCAGACCGAGUUGCGAACACCGAGCAGUUCUCCUGGAGGGGGGAGUGGGAGCAACUAUCCGUCAUCCUUCCGCACCGCAUACGCCCCGCGAAUUUGCGAUGAACAACUGCGCCAGCUCUGCCCCGCUCGUUCUGCGCCGGUGAAAAGUAACUACAUUUGACAGCUUUCUUCCCCCCCCCCCCACACCCCAAUCCUCCACACACCACACAAGGGUUUCUUCGACUCAGGCGCUUGGUCGUUCACGUUCGUUGCGAAGCAAAAUCUAUGUCCCCUCCCUCUCUCCCUCCUAUUUCGUUGUUUGGUUUUCCGUCAUGUUAGACCACGAGUUUCCAACUGGCAACCCGCCAAAGCUUUAAAAAAAA